AUGACACGCCUUUCUUUGUUUUCUAUCUACGCCUCCAUUCUUCCAAACUUCCCACCCUCGAAGCCUCUACCGUCGGCCACUCCCUCUUCGCUCCGGCACCGUCUUCGUCGUUCAUCACCUCUUAUCAGCACCGCCGCCCUCCUCUCCGAUCGCAGGCGACCAGGCGAACAGCUACAACUCCUCUCCUAUUGCAGCGAACAGCGUUGCAAACAACUGGGAGAAGAUUUAGAGAUAAAUGGGGAUAUUCGAACCUUUUCUGUUGGCAAAUCCUGGCAGAUUUACAAUUGUGCUAAGCUCAGUCUGGUUCUUGUUGGUCCUCAACUUGCAAAAAAGAUUCGGGCUCUUGCAUCAUAUCGUGACUAUACAUUUGCUGCAUAUGGAAACGAUAUUGGGGUAUUCAAGCGUGCUCAUCAGGUAGCUACAUGGAGUAGACACAAUGCUAAAGUCAACUUGUUGCUUCUAUUUGGAGAACACGUCCUUAGUGUUGAUGUAGAAGGCAAUGUUUUCAUAUGGGCCUUCAAAGGAACUGAUGAAAAUCCCUCUCCAGUUGGACAUAUUUUGCUAGAUAAUGAAUUCACUCCAAGUUGUAUUAUGCAUCCAGACACUUACUUAAACAAGGUGAUUUUUGGAAGUCAAGCUGGUUCACUUCAACUUUGGAACAUCAGCACAAAGAAAAAACUUUAUGAGUUCAAAGGGUGGAAUUCAUCUAUAUCCUGUUGUGUUUCUUCUCCAGCUUUAGAUGUGAUUGCUGUUGGGUGUGCUGAUGGAAAGAUUCAUGUUCACAAUAUUCGUUAUGAUGAAGAAGUGGUUGCUUUUAGUCAAACUACUCGAGGUGCUGUGACAGCAUUGUCAUUCAGAACUGAUGGUCAACCUCUUUUAGCAUCUGGAGGUUCAUCUGGUGUCAUAAGCAUAUGGAAUCUUGAAAAGAGGCGGCUACAAUCUGUUAUCAGAGAUGCUCAUGAUAGCUCUGUGAUUUCAUUGCAUUUUUUUGCUAAUGAACCGGUGUUAAUGAGUACAUCUGCAGACAACUCUAUAAAGAUGUGGAUUUUUGAUACAAGGGAUGGUGAUCCUCGUUUGUUAAAGUUCCGAAGUGGUCACAGUGCACCUCCUCUUUGUAUAAGGUUCUAUGCUAAUGGGAGACACAUUCUAUCUGCUGGUCAAGAUCGUGCAUUCCGCCUCUUCUCUGUUAUUCAGGAUCAACAAAGUAGAGAGCUUUCUCAGCGUCAUGUAACAAAAAGAGCAAAGAAACUUAAAGUGAAGCAAGAAGAAAUAAAAUUGAAGCCUGUGAUUGCAUUUGAUGUUGCUGAAAUUAGGGAACGAGAUUGGUCGAAUGUAGUUACAUGUCAUAUGGAUACUCCACAUGCAUAUGUUUGGAGGCUACAAAAUUUUGUUCUUGGUGAGCAUAUCCUGACACCUACCACAGAUAUUCAAGCUCCGGUGAAGGCUUGCACUAUCAGUUCAUGUGGGAAUUUUGCUAUACUAGGCACAGCAGGUGGUUGGAUUGAAAAAUUUAACCUUCAAUCUGGUAUGAGCAGAGGAUGUUAUGUGGACAUGUCUGAAAAAGGAAGCUGUGCUCAUGAUGGAGAGGUGGUUGGUGUUGCCUGUGAUUCAACAAAUUCUCUAAUGAUCAGUGCAGGGUAUAAUGGUGAUGUAAAGGUUUGGAGUUUUAAAGGACGAGAACUAAAAUCAAGGUGGGAAAUUGGUUGCAAAGUGGUUAAGAUCAUCUACCAUCGUUCUAAUGGUCUUUUGGCUAGUGUUACGGAUGAUUUGGUUAUACGUAUGUUUGAUGUGGUGGCAUUAAAAAUGGUUCGUAAGUUUGAAGGUCAUACUGAUAGGAUCACAGACAUUUGUUUUAGUGAAGAUGGAAAAUGGCUUUUGUCUUCCAGUAUGGAUGGCACUCUUAGGAUUUGGGACGUGAUUUUGGCAAGGCAGAUUGAUGCUAUACAUGUUGAUGUAUCUAUUACUGCUUUGUCUUUAUCACCAAAUAUGGAUGUUUUGGCUACAACUCAUGUCGAUCAGAAUGGAGUCUAUCUCUGGGUAAACCAGGCAAUGUUUUCUGGGGCCCCACAUAUUGAUUCUUAUGGAAGUGGAAAGGAGGUGGUGAAGGUUAAAUUGCCUUCCAUCUCUUCAGGAGGAGGAGGAGAGGUUUCUAAAGAUGAUGGUGGUUCAGAUAAUAAGCCGCCUACUUUCACCAACUCUCAGCCUCCUCAACUGCUUGAUAAACAAAUUCCAGAUCUUGUUACCCUUUCAAUGUUACCCAAGAGCCAGUGGCAAAGUUUGAUCAAUUUGGACAUCAUUAAGGAACGCAACAAGCCGAUUGAGCCUCCAAAAAAACCUGAGAAAGCCCCAUUCUUUUUACCUUCAAUACCCUCCCUUUCUGGAGAAAUUUUGUUUAAGGUAGCAACAACUGACCAGACCACCGAUGAAGAAAAGGGAACACAAGCGGAUGAUCACUUUCAUAAAGUUACCAAUCUGCCCUCGUCUCCCUUUGUACAAUAUAUCCGGUCAUCCGUUGAGACCAAAAACUUUGAGGGGUUGACGGAUUAUCUGAAAAGUUUCUCUCCUUCAACAUUGGAUAUGGAACUAAGGAUGCUUCAGAUUAUUGAUGAUGAUGAAGAACAAGAACCUGAAAAGAGACCGGAGCUGUUAAUCCUUGAACUGCUACUUGAGUAUUUAAUACAUCAAGUAUCACAUGGAAACAACUUUGAAUUCAUACAGGCUCUCAUCCGAUUGUUCUUGAAGAUACAUGGUGAAACAAUGAGACGGCAUUCCAAGUUAGAUAAGCUUCUAGAGGCUCAGUCUGGUAUAUGGCAAAAGCUAGAUGGGAUGUUUCAGAGUGCUAGAUGUAUGGUUACUUUUCUUAGUAACUCACAGUUUUAAAUUUUCAUCAUAUCAUUAAAUACGUCUUGGGUUCUUGUGCAUUUUACCACCAAAUUUUGUCAAUGUCACAAGGACUAUUUAUGAACUUGUAGAAAUUACUUUUUUUGGUAAGGAUACACAAACUUUGAGUUUGGAAAAUAGGAACAAAUGUCUGUUUGAUUUGAUUCCAUCAAUUUUGUAUUACCUUAUAUUAUGCAUAUUUAUAUUUAUUUACGCCCUUGCCCU